CCCCUUAUUCGAUAGCCCCCGGUUUUAUAUGUGAGAGUGGCGUUGUUAUCCUGUAGCUCUGUACCAAUUUUCAUGUUCCUACCUUAAACACUUUUGAAGAUAUUCGACUUGAAAAAUUCAAUUUGUAUGGGAGGUGCCACGCCCCCUUAAUAUUUUAUUCUGAUUUUAAGACAUGACCUGCGCGUGGUAAUAACAAACAAAUCUCCCAAAGGAAGUAUUUCAUUUGAAUCAGCCGUUUUCGAGUUUUAGCGUUACAACUAUACACCAUUUCGUUUUUAUAUAUAUAGAUAUUUAAAAUUUUCAAAAUUACUUACAUAUGCUGAUUAUCUAUUUGUGUGUCCAUUUUUGUUUGCUUAUUUUUAUUAAAAAAGCUUUUUGACAGCAAAAAGCAUUUUACCUCACGUGGUGACUUUUUUAAGCUUUUUUAAGCUUUUUUCUUAUGAGGUUUGAGCAAGAAUAGUCUCACAAAUUAUGCCUCACAAGAAAUCUCUCAAAUAUUUCCUCUCAACUCAGUUGAGAGUUUUUUUCAGAAUAGGGCUGUUGAUCUCGUCUUCCUCAGUUCGAACAAGUUCGAUGAGCUUGUGCUCACUUUCAUACAAGCUUUUGCUCUUUUUUGUGAGCUCUUGCUCAAAUUUUGUUGAGCAUGCCUAUAGUUGACUCGCGUACACUAAAAAGGAAUCAUGGCUGAAUAUUUUGUGCCACAACGAAAUACAAAAUGUUAUCAACAGCGUGAAGCAAGUUUAGCAAGUGAGGAUAAAAAAUUAUACCGGUUUGUAUUCUUAAUUAUAAUUUUUUUUAUAUAAUUAAUAAUAAAAUGAAAAUACAUAAGUUUGAUGAUAGUAGCAUCUGCUGGUUGGCUAAUUAUUUCUUUGAGGAGUCAGAAGAAACACGUGGUGGUGCCCUCAGCAAAAUUGAUAAAAUUCGACUGUAUUUAAGAUUUUGUGCAGAUCCUGGAUUCCAAAAUGGUAUAGCCACAGAUAUCGGUGUCCAUCAAUCAACUGUGUCGCGAACUAUUGCGGAAGUUGCGAAACUUAUAUCUUCCAAAGCAAGCGAGUGGAUAAAAUUCCCAAAAGAUGGAGAUGAAAUAAAAGUUGCUCCAAGGAAAAGGCAAGCAAAUUAUUUCUUUCCAUUUGCAAUUGGAGUGAUUGAUUGCACUCAUAUAAAAAUGAAAAAAAAGAGAGUGUGCUUAUGACCGCACGACUGAAGUAAAACUUCUUUCUCUCUAUCUAUAUCAGCGUUGUCCACGGCCUAUGCGCACAAUAGCGCACGGACAGUGCCAGACACCUCACACCAACAUGUCGCGACAAGUGUCUGUGAAAGCCCGAUUGUGCUACUGUAUUCAACUUCUUAGGCAAACAAAGCAGAAGUUUGCGAUCAGUUGACGCUAGAAUAACCAACACAAGCAUAACGUGCACACAGUCACGUUGGACAACACUGAUCUAUAUAUAUAUAAAUGAAAUGGUGUAUAGUUGUAACGCUAAAACUCGAAAACGGAUGAACCAAAUGAAAUACUUCCUUUGGGGGAUUUGUUUGUUAUUACCACGCGCAGGUCAUGUCUUAAAAUCAGAACAAAAUAUUAAGGGGGCGUGGCACCUCCCAUACAAAUUGAAAUUUUCAAGUCGAAUAUCUUCAAAAGUGUUUAAGGUAGGAACAUGAAAAUUGGUACACAGAUACAGGAUAACAACACCACUCUCAGCUAUAAAACCGGGGGCUAUCGAAUAAGGGGGCGUGGUACCUCCCAUACAAAAUAAAUUUUUUAAGCAGAAUAUCUGUGAGAGGGUUCAAGGUAGGGACCUGAAAAUUGGUUUAGACCUUUAUGGUAUCAAAAGCCUUCUAACACAUAAAAGAAGGGGUAAUCGGAAAAGGUGGCGUGGCACCUCCCAUACAAACUGAAUUUUUCAAGGUGAAUAUUUUCAAAAGUGUUUAAGGUAGGAACAUGAAAAUUGGUAUAUAGCUAUAGGAAACAACACCAUUCUCACCCAUAAAACUUGGCGUUAUCGAAAAAGGGGGCGUGGUACCUCCUAUACAAUCUUUAAUUAUUUUGGUUGCUAAUCCACCAUAUAUUUAUCUCAUUUUCCACCUAGCACGACAUUUUGGUUGUUUCUUGCUAUUUUUGUUUACUUAUCGGUGACAGUAGCGGUUAUAUCGUAAUUUUGGUUGUGUUACGUGCUAUUUUUGGUUUAUGGAAAUGGGAGUUUUAUGAAACAAACACAAAUUUAAUUAAACGUCAAUUUUGCUUUGCAAUCGAACACGCAAAAUUUAGAGGGCAAUAAAAAUGCGCCUUGCUUUACUGAUAUAUUGAUAAAUUUUGUUUUAAAAAGUGUGUUAUUUAGUGAAAGUGAUUUAGCGUGUUGGCGAAUAUUGAUUUAUGUACAUUGGAAUUUAUCAUUCAAUUGAUCUGCUUCCUUAGUUUAAUUCAUUCAUUCUUGGAGUUUUCAAAGGUAAGUUAUUGGUCCGUAAAACCUUAUAUGAACUUUAUGCAAAUGAAUGAUCAUUUCCAAUUAGAUAUUUGUUACGAUGCCAAGAAUCAGUACGUAUGGUAACACUUCUCGGAGUUCCCAGGCUGCAAGUAGAACACGAAAUAGCAGAGCACGUCAAAGGGAAAUUGUUAUUGAGAGGGUAUCACCACGAAAUAGACUGCUGGAGAAUAGCACGCACCAGUUAGAAGAUGUCAACCAAACAUACAAUCAGCAAGAGCGAUUUAGAAGAAGGGAAGUUCACAAUCAGCAACAACGAUCGAGAAGAAAGGAAGUUCGUGCCCGCCAAAGUGAUGAAGUAAGAUCACAACAUGCGAUUAUUCGACGACAACAGCGGCAACAUCUUUCUUUUGUGAACUUUGAACGGGCAGGUUUUCGAUAUGAUCCAAACAUUCAAUAUAGCGCAUCUGUUCAAAUCGGUCAGAUGUCAGUAGUUUGUCAAUAUUGCAAUGCAGUCAAAUUUAAAAAUGAACCGCCAGGGUUAUGUUGUGUCGGGGGAAAGGUUAAGUUGCCAGAAUUGCUUCCACCACCACAGCCAUUGUUCCAACUGCUUUACGGUGAAUCUCCUCACUCGAGCCAUUUCUUAAAGCACACUAAAAUGUACAAGGAUUGUUUUCAAAUGACGUCGUUUGGCGGUGAAAUAGUAAAUGAACAAAACUACAAUCCAACGUUUAAGGUAUUUUUGCCAAACAAUAUUCGACAGAAACUACAGAGCUUUCCUCCAAUUAUACAGGUUCAUGGGCAAAUUUUUCAUCUCGCUGAAUCGCUGUUGCCGCAUCCAGAUCAAGAACACAAAUAUCUCCAAGUUUACUUUCUGGGAGAUUCACAUGAUGAAGUAAAUCGGCGUUGUGCUAUCUUCAAUACAACGAAAAGAGAAAUAAUCGAACAAUUGCAGCAAAUGUUACACGAACACAAUGGCCUCAUUAAACUGUUUACGAUUUCGUUGGAACGUAUGCCAACAGAUGAUCAUAGUAUAAUCAUACAAGCGGACAAAAGACCAACAGGGACACAUGAAAGACAAUAGAAUGCACCUACAGUUAGCGAAAUAUCAGUUGUUGUUGUUGGAGAAAAUUUGCAGUCGAGUGAUAUUGUUAUCAAACGUAGAAAUCAAAACGCACUAAAACGGAUAAGUGAGACACAUCGGUCUUACGACGCAAUGCAAUAUCCGCUCAUGUUCUGCCGUGGAGAAGACGGAUAUCACUUAGGAUAUAAGAUGAUAAAUCCCGUGAAUGGUUAGUAAAAAAACAUUUUUGUUUGCUACUUCAUAUAGGUAAUUUAAGCUUUUAGGUGUCGAGACAAAUAAAAAAGUCAGUUCAAUGAAGUUUUACGCAUAUCGAAUGAUGAUUCGCCAAAACUAUGACAACCACUUACUGAGAUAUAGACGGUUAGUUCAACAGUAUGCAGUUGACAUGUACGUUAAAGUUGAGACAGAACGACUAAAUUACAUGCGAUACACCCAGUCGAAGUUGCGAUCUGAAGAGUAUAUUCACUUAAGAGAUGCAAUGAAUGGUGAUGCGGAUAUUACAGAUAUUGGUCGACUCUAUAUUUUGCCAUCGACAUACAUUGGUAGCCCUAGACACAUGCAUGAGUACUCCCAGGAUGCGAUGACUUACAUGCUCAAUUAUGGACGGCCAGAUUUGUUUCUUACAUUUACUUGCAAUCCAAAAUGGCCAGACAUUACGAAUCUAUUGCAUAACGGUCAAUCACCAAGCGAUCGCCACGAGGUUACAGCACGCGUGUUUAAACAAAAACUCAGAUGUUUGAUGGACUUUAUUACGAAACAACGUGUAUAUAGCACUGUUCGAUGCUGGAUGUACUCAUGGUUUUUUUCAAAAGAGCUGCUGCGAAUCGGAAAUGGACAAGUUCCGAUAGAUCCUUGCAGUGGAUUAAUAUCGAUUCCAACUACUAUUUGCCAAUUCACAUCUAAUAAAUAUGAACUAAUCAGUAGUGUAUAUCCAAAUAUUGCUCAAAAUUAUGGUAACUACGAUUGGUUAAGCACGCGCGCAAUUUUAGCAGCAAAAAAUACGGAUGUCAACGACUUGAAUUGGACGAUUCAAAAUAAAAUUCCGGGAGAUCUGCGGUCAUAUACAUCAAUCGAUCGCGUUGAAAAUGAAGACGAGGUAGUAAAUUACCCAGUGGAGUUCUUAAACUCUUUGAUGCCGCCUGAAGUGCCGCCUCAUAAUUUGCGUCUCAAAGUUAGGUCUGUAGCUAUUAUGCUACGGAAUCUUCAUGCUCCCAAACUGUGCAAUGGUACUCGACUGAUUGUGACCAAGCUAAUGGACAAUUUAAUAGUGGCAAGCAUUUUGAAAGGCCCGUUCAAGGGAGAGGAAUGCUUACUUCCCCGAAUUCCAUUAACUUCAACAGAUUUGCCAUUCCAAUUCAGACGUUUGCAGUUCCCAGUGAAACUUGCAUUUGCGAUGACAAUAAACACGUCACAAGGGCAGUCGCUGGAAGUGUGCGGCAUAAGUUUAGAAAUGUCUUGCUUUUCACUUGGCCAGCUCUAUGUGGCGUGUUCCCGUGUUGGAAAACCUUCCUCACUGUUUAUUUACGCCGCGGAUCAGAAAACCAAAAAUAUCGUGUACCGUGCAGCCCUAAACUAAAUAUGUACUAAAAUUAUAUAUUUUCGAGACUCGAUUAAAACUAAUAAAAUUGAAUGAGAAUAGUACAAACUUAAUUCUAUUAAAUUGUCAACAAAUCCCGGACGCGAUGUGUCAGCAUUAUUGAAAAGAGUAGCAUUUUUCAAGCAAUUAAAUUCAAAAAGCAUUAAUGUACCCUCGAAAAAAAUAUUUAUCAGGCAGGUUCUGGCAAUUUCAGUAAAAUUUGUAAAAAUUUUGUCAAAUUAGCUACAGAAGGUAUUUUCCACAAAAUUUCACUCGGAAGUAAAUUGCAGAACCUGCCUGUAUAUCAUGUUUUUUUAUUUAAAUUUUUUAUCAAAAACAGUUCAAAAAUCUCAGCAAUAAUUUUUUCUUCACUAUUUUUCAAUAUUGGGAAUUUGUCAAGGACAAAAAAGGCGGUAUUUAAAGUAUACACAAUGAAAUUAGGAAAAAUUGUUCAUAUUCCAUUAAAACCAAUACCGGUGUAAUUUUUGAAAUAAAAAAACAUCUAUUUUGGGCAGAACGAAGUUUGCCGGGUCAGCUAAUCUAUAUGUAUAUAUAUGAAUGUGUGUAUGCAAUAUAUACAGGUAUGCACAUAUACAUUUAUUUAUUUCCUACAAAUAUUUAAAUUUAUUUUAUGUUUUCAUUAGUAAAUUAAUAUUUUUGCAUAGAUCUUUUAUUUUUUUGCAUUGUUUUAUUCGUUAUUUUCAUUAUUGGGUACAUCAGUAAUUACUCCGGUUGAUUGUAAAACCGAGACAAUAGGCUUAUGAUACGAGAAAUACGAUACAUAUAUUUUAGAAUUAAAAUUAGACAGAAAUCUAGAAAAAACUGCAUCGAUUGUUGUUCCAUGUCUUGUAGUUGGCUCAUUACGGUCAUUAUUCAUUUGUAAUUCUAAUUUAUCUCGUAGAAAGUUUAUCAAGAGUUGUCCAUUUUCGGAUGCGAAAUUGAUAUUGAAAUCUCCUGCUAAGAUUAGUGGCAACGUAUGAUAGUUUUCUCCUAGUUCUUCAGAACCUACUCGACCAUAAAUCAUAAGUCUUCUGUAUAUAAACUUUAUGAUAUUAUUAACUGUGUUAUUGGCCGAAAUGUAAA